CUUGCCCCGCGCCCUCGGCAAGUCGGCAGUCUCGCUAGAGCGCUACACAAAUUAUAACGCGAUUGCAAUUCGUCAUGGAUUCUAAUUCUGAUUCUUCGGAUUUGCUUUGGCCCAAAUUAGAAAUUGAUUCUGAAAAUGAUAGUCCUAGACGAGAAACAAGAAUAAAUUGGAAUUCUGAAAACACAAUAAAACUAAUUAAGAUAUUGGAAAAAGAUUGUAAAGAAUUGUGGGACGUAAAAAAUCCGUUGAACAAAGAUCGAUGUGCAAGACAAGCUAAGUUGGACUAUCUGGCGGAUCAAUUUGGAACAACUUCAGAGGAGAUAAGUAGAAAAAUACACAAUUUGAGGACGCAGUUGAACAACGAAUUAAGGAAGAUUAAGCGGAGGCACGCAGCGGCGGGGAACGGGGAGGCGAGCGGGGUGGGCGGCAGCGGGUGGGAGUAUUUCGAUGCCCUUUCGUUUCUCUUGCGAGCUCCCACCGCCUGCGACUCGCUGACAUUUCCAGGCGACCCACUCGAUUCCGUUGACGGCGUUAAUCUCGAGUUGGCAGAGUUUCAAGCAAAUGAGGAGGCGGAAUUCGGGGCAGCAGCAGCCAGAGCACAGCAGUCAUCAGCCGUGGUAUCCCCUAGUGUGCGCAGGAGUAAGCCAGGGCUGCGCGUGGCGGCAUCCGCGCCACCGCCGCUGCUCGCUAACCCGCUGAUGUGGCAUCCCGAAGAAGCUGAACCGAGACUCAGACCUGGAGCGAAUGCUGAUGAGUGUCAGAUUUUCGGUGACUUCGUAGCAUCUGAACUACGCACACUCCGUUCAGACGAAUCACGAAAGAAACUGAAGCGCAUGAUUCAAAAGGCCAUUUUGCAAAUUGGCGAAGAAGAAGACGUGAAUAUCAUCAACUGCAAGUACUCCUAACAUCAGGACACGCUCUCCUUGGAUGGAUGAGCUAAGCCUAAAACUAUCAGUUAGAUUUUUCAAAGAAAGCCAGAUGAUAUACCUAGCCUUUUGUGUAUCUAAAG